GUGUGUACAGCGAGACGAAAAAAGUGCCAGUGAAGGAGGGAGAUUCUCUCACUCUACACACUGAUGUCACUGAAAUACAGAGAAUAUUUUUCUUGAUGUGGAUGUAUGGAUCUCAAAACAAUAUUAUCGCUAAAAUUGAUGGGAAAACGCAGACAGUCACAUUAUAUGAUGUUGAUGAUGGGAGGUUUGAAGACAGACUGCAGUUGGACAAUAAGACUGGAUCUCUGAUAAUAAGCGACAUCAGAACCAAACACUCUGGAGAUUAUCAUCUAAAGAUCAUCAGCAACGAGACCUUCCUCAAGACAUUCAGUGUUACUGUCCAUGAUGUGAUUUUUGCCGGGUUAGAAAACAAGAAAGAAGGGGAUUCUGUUACUCUACACACUGGUGUUACUGAUUCACAGAAACAUGAUCUAAUACUGUGGACAUUUGGACCUAAGAAUCCAGACAGUCUUAUAGCUGAACUGAACAUGAAGGUUCAUGAGAUCACAUUUAGUUCAGAAGAUAUAUACAGAGGGAGACUACAUCUCGAAAAUCAGACGGGAUCUCUCACCAUCAGAGACGUCAGAACCACAGACGCUGGAGUUUAUCAACUACAGAUCUCCAACAGUAAAGAAACACUAUACAAGAGAUUCAACAUUUUUGUCGCUGUUCCAGAUCCAGGACUGUCUGCUGGUUAUAUUGUGCUGAUUUGUCUUUGUAUCCUUCUGUUAGUGACUGCAGCUUUGGGUGUGAUGUGCUACAUGUUAAAAUACUCUAAAAAACAGAAAGAAAAGAAGGCCGUGUCAGUGAAGGAGGGAAAUUCUAUAACACUAAAAACCGGUGCAGUCGAGAUCCAGAGAGACGAUGAAGUGGUCUGGAUGUUUGGACCUCAAGAAUUGGUUAUUGCAGAAAUCCACAAAAAUGCCAGUAACAUUUCAUACCCCAAUGUUGAGCAAUUCAGAGACAAGCUACAGCUGGACCAUCAGACUGGAGAUCUGACCAUCAGUGACAUCAGGAUCCCAAUCUCUGGAGAUUAUCAGCUACAGAUCACUGGCAGUAAAGCGACAAAAACGAAGAGAUUCAAAGUUAUUGUACGAGAGGACACACGGAAAUUCACAGAAGGAGAAUAUGUCCGUCUGCAAACCGGUGUUACUGAACUUCAGAAAGAUGAUGAGAUACUUUGGAAUUUUGAGCCUAAAAAUGCCCUUAUAGCCAAAAUUGAUGGACAGACCAAUAAGAGCACUGUCUAUGAUGUUGGAGAUGAUGGAUUCAGAGACCGACUGGAGCUGGACGAUCGAACUGGAGAUCUCACCAUCACAAACACCAGAAGCACAGACUCUGGAGUUUACGAACUGCAGAUCAAGAGCAGCAAUAAAGUCUUGUACAAGAAAUUCAAUGUUCUUGUUUGGAUGAAUAAUCUGAAAUAUACAGUUGGAGAUUCUGUCACUCUACAAACUGGUGUUACUGAGCUGAGGAAUGAUGUCAGGAUACUGUGGAAGUUUAGCGAUAAAGACACUUUCAUAGCUGAACUCAACCAAGCCACCAAUCAGACCAAAUUAUAUGAAGGUCCUGAUGGGAGAUUCAGAGACCGACUGCAGUUAAACCAGCGAACUGGAGAUCUGACCGUCAGGAACAUCAGCAGAGCUCAUUCAGACAUUUAUACACUUCAAAUCACCAGCGGCAAAAAGAGCAUAUGCAAGAGAUUCAUGGUUAUUGCCCACGAGAAGACUGAGUCUGGAAUGGAGGGAGGUUCAGUCAUGCUACACAACAAUACUGAAAUACAAAAAGAUGAUCUGGUGCUGUGGACGUUUGGACCCGAAGACAGUCUCAUCGCUAGAGGUGAAAUAAAUAAAGCACGUUUCUGUACAUAUGAUGGCAAUGAAGGGAAAUUCAGAAACAAACUGAAACUGGAUCAUCGGACUGGAUCUCUGACCAUCACAAACAGCACAACUGAACACACUGGAGUUUAUAAACUAUUGAUCAUCAGCAGCCGAGAGACCAAAUACAAGAGAUUCAAAGUUACAAUCCAUGGGAGUGAAAGAAAUCCAGAUGGGGGGCCUGAGCAGGAGGGGAUCCACUUAAAGGGGUCAUCAGAUGCCCAUUUUCCACAAGUUGAUAUGAUAAUCAUACAGGCAUCAUAG